ACAGACGAUGGAUGCUAGGGACUGAAUCAAACCCAUUUCCCAUAACACCAAUUAAUUUCAUUUUCAACGAGUAAACCUAUUCUUUUCCCUCUAGUUUUUUCGGUUUAUAAAAAGGGGAGAAAAUUGGCCAUUUGUCAACUGUGUAUGCAUAAUAGGAUCUGUCAACUGUUUUCUCCUCCUAGCAAUUUAAAUUUGUUCUCUUUUAUGAUGGCUAAAAGAAAUGGGAUGAGUUGGUCAGAUGGCAAGAAAGAUCAAUGCAUUGGGGUCUUUUCUUUGACCAGGAAUUCAAGCUAAGGGCAUCCUACUUUUUAUGUCGAUUAGUUUCUGUUCCUAUACAUAAGGUAAAUCCCAAAGUUUUCUGUCUUAAAUUGGAGUCAGGGACUUAUCCGAGGAUACUCCAUUUGAUGUUUACUUAUGCAGCUACUUAUUUUGAAAGUUGUUAGUUAAGUACAGUAAAUUUGGUGAGGUUUUGAAGUUAGUAGUAUAUAAAUCUUGGCCUUGGCUGUGAGUUAUAAAUUCACUUGAGGUUCAAGACUCAAAGUUUCCGGGUCUUUAGUCAGAUAGAGGCAUGUCAUCCUUAAGGAAAAGUAGUACAAGUUCUAGUGAAGAUGAUGCUGAGCAGCUCAGAAGAGGGCCUUGGACUCUGGAGGAGGACUCUCUCCUCAUUCAUUAUAUUGCUCGCCAUGGCGAAGGCCGAUGGAAUUCGCUUGCAAAACGUGCAGGCCUAAGGAGAACUGGCAAGAGUUGCAGGCUGAGAUGGCUAAAUUAUCUGAAACCAGAUGUUAAACGUGGAAACCUUACUCCACAAGAGCAGUUUUUAAUCCUUGACCUCCAUUCGAAGUGGGGUAACAGGUGGUCCAAGAUCGCACAACAUUUACCAGGAAGAACGGACAAUGAGAUCAAGAAUUACUGGAGAACCCGUGUGCAGAAACAGGCGCGCCAUCUUAAGGUCGAUGCGAAUAGCACAGCAUUUCAAAACGUUAUUCGAUGUUAUUGGAUACCAAGAUUGCUUCAAAAGAUGGAAGGGUCAUCCUCUUUUUCAUCCAUGGCAUCCGAAAACUCAACAGUUCCUCAAUCUCUAGACCAAGCUUCUCAGCAUCAAGCAUUAAUGACGCUGCAACAAGUACCAGGGCAGGGGCCUGGUAACCUAAGUGAAGCAGUACAGAAUUUGGAUCAUCAGGAGCAGAAUUCAGACUCAGAGCACUGUGCAAGUUCGUGUGUUUCUUCUUCAGAAUCCAUGAAUAAUAUCUCACAAAUAUCUCAAUUUGCAGAAUACCAAACAAGUCCUUUUCGCAUCAUUGGUAACAAUGACUACAACAACACACUUGCAAAGGAUUGCUACUAUGACAUGGAAGCCAUCAACCUGGCAUCCACAUCAGCGCCUGGGGAUUUUGCGAACCCGGUUGGCGAUUGCCACAUGCCAGAAAACAACUGGUUUAGCAAUGGUUUUGCAGAUGACCUAUGGAGCAUGGGGGAACUGUGGGAACUUAGGAACUUGAAUUGAAGGGGAACCCUGUCUGGUUUUUGUUUAUGACAGUUCACCAAUAGUUCAUUCAUUGGCUUUUGACAGGUUGAUUUCCUGAGUUUAAUUGUCUCAUAAGAUCCCAUAUUAUUAUUUUUUUCUAUUUUAAGGUUUUGUCCAUAAGUUACAGCAACUGUGGAUUCAAAGUUUCUCAAGUUGUGAGCAUAAACUAAUUAAUUUAUGUCUAUAUAUAGAUAUAUUUGAAAAAAGAAGGAUUUGAAUGCGAUUCA